CUGGGCUCCGGGCGCGCGGCGCACAGGCUUUUGUGUAUGUGUAUGUGUGUGUGUGUGUGUGCGUGCGUGUGAGUGUGUGAGUGCGCGUGUGCGUGUGCGCGUCUGUGUCGAGAGAGCGAGCGGGCGCGAGUGUGGCCGCCGCGGAGCGCGAGCAGGACCCGGCGGGCGCGCUCCCCAGCCCCUCUCGGCGCCGGAACCAUGUCGGGCAGGUCGGUUCGAGCCGAGACCAGGAGCCGCGCCAAAGAUGAUAUCAAGCGGGUCAUGGCGGCGAUCGAGAAAGUGCGCAAAUGGGAGAAGAAGUGGGUCACAGUUGGCGACACGUCCCUCCGAAUCUACAAGUGGGUCCCUGUGACGGAGCCGAAGGUUGAUGAUAAAAACAAGAACAAGAAGAAAGGCAAAGACGAGAAGUGCGGCUCGGAGGUGACCACGCCGGAGCACAGCUCCUCGCCCGGGAUGAUGGACAUGCACGAUGACAACAGCAACCAGAGCUCCAUAGCGGACGCCUCACCCAUCAAACAGGAGCACAGCAGCAACUGCAGCCCUGCCCCAGAGCCAGGCGUGGCCCUGCCUGGCGAUGGCAACGAAGCGAAGGCAGACGAGGCGCAGGCAGAUGGCAAGGAGCACCCAGGGGCCGAAGACACCACUGACGAGCAGAACUCACAGUUGUCGAUGGAAAACUCCAACAGUUCGGAGAAAGUGGAUCGGCAGCCAUCAGCAGAGUCGGGGCUGGCCACAGAGUCGUCCACAACCUCUCAGGAUCUGGAAGGGGGGCCACCCUCCAAGAAGCUGAAGCUGGAGGCCUCGCAGCAGAACCCUGAGGAGAUGUAGGCGCCGGCUCCGUCCCCGGCCGUGUGUCCUGGCGGGGGCACCUGUAGGCUGCUUCCUGAACCCUGCAGCCCAGGCGGUGCCCUCGGGUGCAGACAGAACACUCAGUUCCCGGUUUACCAAGAUGAAUCCAAGGACACCCGACCUGGUAUGACUUCUCAGUCACUGAAGACAUCUGCUGCGAAGUGAGACCCCCGAACCUUGAAGGGACCCUCCUCAGGGAGGUGGGCGACAGCUCAGGAGUCUGCACACUGUCCUGGGAGCCAAGAUGACAUUUGUGUUGCUGCUGUGUCCCCCCCUCUAUCUCACAGGAUAAGCUAUGGGAGGGCGGCGCCCAUCGGGAGCCCGCUUCCUGUCGGGGGCUUUUCACUGUUCCACCAAUUCCUUCCGCUUUCUUUUUCUGUGCCUUGUGCCCUUGAGGUGACCUCUGGCAUGUCUCCUGGUUGUUUUGCGUCUCCCUUUGCAAAGUGCCCUCUUGGCGGCCACCACCUGACCUGCCUCCCUCCUCCCAGCCCUGGGACUGCUCCAGAGCUGGUAGGGCGGAGCUGCGGGAGAGCAGGGUGCCCUGAGCCCAGCCUGGCCUCCUGCUCCACACCUCACCCUCGCCUGCCCGGGCCUUGGGUGCUGGGUGCUCCUGGGACCCACAAAGCCCAAGGAUGUCUCUGGCACUUCUGCACUCCUGUCCCCACGAUGGCUAUCACUUCCGUCCUCUGCUGUCUCCUGGUUUUGAGGACAUACUGCAACUCAUCUGAGACAGCACUGGGGCCAGGGAGGCUGGGAGCAGGCGGCAGGCCCAGCUGGUGCUGACCCCUCCUGGGACGUUGCUGGAUUCAAAUCCAUGGGACCCGCCGCCCCAGUGCCCCUCCCCUUGCGCCCGCUUUGCAUGGUACCGACUCUCAGAGCUACGGCAUUGGGCAUGUUCCCAGGACAAGCCCUCGGUCUCAGCAGAGAGUGGCCUUGAUGAUUGGGCCUUAAAGGCCAGAAAAAGGCACCCAGGACUUGGGAAGCUUUGCACACCUUCCAGGAAGGAGCGCCCCGCAGAAGGGCCCCUCGUCCCUACCCUGCCCACACCGGGACAGAGUCCUGUCUCCAUGAAAAUGACAGACAACUGCCCAACUGUCAGUUCUGGGGCCUGGUUUGUUCUAAUGACUCCAGACUCCUCGGACCCUAAACCUUUUCCUAAGCUUUCUUUACUGCACUGGAGUUCUGGCUCCCUUUGAGUUGUGUGUUAUGGGGGUUAGGGGCUGCGGGUUUUGUUGUUUUGUUUUUGUUUUGUUUUGGGGCUAAAUUGGUGCAUAUUCAGGUACCACCUUUGCUGUGGGGCUCUUUCUCUGACCACCAUGGGAAGUGUCUGCCAGAUUCCAUUUUCUAAGAGUUUCUGAGGGCGAAGCUCCUAUUCUUUUUUUUUUAAAGGAGCCUAUCUAUUUCCUGCACUUCAAGAAGAAUCAGAAAUGUUCCUGAAUUUCAAAUACCUCAUGCAAAAUGUCUCCUGAAAUAAGGGAAAAAAACUUUGAAAAUAUUAAUGUUGAAGUUAGCAAUGCUGAAAGAUUUGUCUUAAAAAAAAAAAAAAAAUCCUUGUACUUCUCCAUCCUGCCCUCAGGCAGCCAGUUCUGCUGAGAAUUGCGACCUGGGUCUCGUCCCAGCUGUGACCUGACGCUCGACCUGGCAGCCCAUCUGAGGUGCGAGGCGCUUGACCUCCAGAUCUUGGAGCUAGGGUGAUGCCUUUCUUUGCAGCAAAAGUAUUUCAAGGCAAGACGAAUUGGGAUAUUUAUUUCUCUAGGGAAAUGAGAGGUGACAGCUAUGGCGAGUCCCCCCCCCCACUAUCCACAGGGCCAGCUGGCCAGCUGGGACCCCCUGCAUCUCUCUGGACGGGCAAGAGCAGCUGGCACAGUGGGGGAUGACAAUGACGAAGAUCGUGGUCCCCAGGCUGUCCUUCAUUUCCCUCUGAAGUGCCUGUAGGUAGGAAUGGGCCAGUGGCAGGGACCAGCCAGGCCCUGCCACGGCCACGGCCAGGCCAGGCAAAGCGCCGGCAGCCCUGCUUGCCCUGCCAGCCAGACGCCUUCCACGCGGAUCGGUGACACUGCAGAAAUCCAAUGUGCUUCCUUCCCAGCCACCCACCGGCGCUCUGUCCCCAACGCAGAACCCAAGACCUGGCCACGCCAGGGCAGAUCCUCGGGGACACCAGGCCCUAUGGCUGCCAGGGUUCCCAGGGCAAACUUGACCCCCGAGACUGAGGUGGAGAGGCUGUGGCUCCACGUCGCAGAGGGCCGGCACCAACCCUGGAGCCCUGAGCCUGAGGACCACUUCUAGGUGGUGACCGCCAUCGUCUGGUGGUGUCACGUUCGGAAUGUUCCCUAGCACCGAGGACCUGCUUAGAGGGAUAAAGACCUUUUCACCGUUACUUUUUUUUUUUUCCUCUUAUGAUUUUUUUUUUUUUUUUGGUGUGUUGUACAGCAGUAUAAUUUUUCACUUAUUUAUUCCAUCAGUAGAUAUGGUUUGUACAAUGUACAAUGGUUCCAUUUCAGAAAAUAAAAUUCAAAUCAUGAGUA